AAAACCCUCCCACCCCCAAUUUCCAUCCCGCUGGCUAUUCUCGUCGGAAUGGACGUAACGGCAGCAGUCCAUUCCGCGCUAAACCCUCUACCUGCUUCUCUGUCCGAGUCCCACCUCCUACUCUCGAGGCCACGGCCAUUCCCUUCCCUCUCAAACCCCAGCCGAAGGCGUCGCAGCAGGGGAAGAGGUCCCCUCCGCGCUUUUUCCGCUUCGGGAACGGGAGAUGGGCCGACGUUUUCGUGGAAGGACGUCUCCGAAUCCAUCCGCCGCGGCUCCGAACGUUUCCGGUCCAGAUUUGGCGGCUAUCUCCGGGAGGAAACAGGGUUCGAUUUCGAGGAGGCGAGCCUCAAGGCUGGUGGGUUGCUUGUCCGUUUCCGGGAUGCCGCCGCAAAGGGCUAUGCAGCGGUGGAUCGCUUCAGGUUGGAAAUCCUCCCGCAAUUUAUCGAGUGGAAUAAGUGGGAAAACUGGCAGUCGAUUCAUAACUACUGGCACACGAGCCCUCUUCGCAGCAGGGGGAGUUGCAUGAGGAACUUAGGGGGAUACUUUAAAAUUAACUUUGUUUAGCAGAAAUUUAGAGGCCUUUGUUGAUCGAUGGUGGGGCUUGUCUACUGUGCCCAAGGCCAGCAAUCACGACAUAAACAAACUUAAUGAUGGGUUGGCAAAGCCUUUAGUAAGAAUUUUUAUCAUCCGUGCCAUACCUCGUUUUCUUCUUUUCCAAACAAUUUGGCGCCAAACUAUUUGGCCCUUAGAUUAAUUAUGUGAUUGUCCUAUAAUCCUAUGUAAAAAAUAUUCUGUAUUUUUGGUGGAAGAUUUGUUUGAUUGUAUAAUGCAAUUGUACUUAUUGCUUUUGUUUCUCUUGCUUUGAGUUUGCCUUCUAAAUUAGCUGUUCUUCCUUUAUGACAUUGUGCUCCACUGAAGAGGAUUUGGGUCCAAAAUUUUUCUUCAUAAAAUGUGAUGCCCCACUUCCUAGGAGGUCACCCAUUCUAGAACUACUCUAGUCCUAGCACACUUAAUCCUCUUAACCUUUUGGCCUUAGCCACCACCUACAAUGCUAUAGUCGGGUUAAGAGGUUUAGUCCUACUAUACUUUAUUUAUAGGACUAUUCCAAACAUAGAGGUGUCACACUCUCCCCUACUUAAAGCUUUGACGUCCUCGUCAGACGCACACUCACAAGUACCAAGCAAUGUGAGAGUCAUCUUGAUAGCCUUAGCUGACCUCGUGGGGACCCGUGCUCCACCUAAUGAUCGUCGGCUUGGGAGCCGCGCCGUGCCCGUGUAUGACCUUAUUCAGCCGAGACUCGUAUCACAUUUUCUGUUAGUGACAAGGAUUAAAGCGCCCAUUGGCAUGGGCCGUAUCUACUGUGCCGUAUCGUGCCAGCAAGAUAUCGACACGAUAUAGCCCUGUGCCGAUGGCAUAAU